UGUAAAUAAAAAAUCAUGGGAAUGAUUAACUUUCCAUCAUCUCAAAAUAAUGUUUGUAAAUUGUUUAAUUACUGUUGCUGAUAAUGAUGAUUGAUAAUUGAUUGUCUAGAUAAUUGUUGAUUAUAAAGGAAAAUGAUUUGAGUUGAAUCUUCUCCAUUGUUUCUCAUGCUUGUUAUACGUUUAAUGUUGUAAAAUUUCCAUUAUGUUAUUAUUACAUUGUGCUACUAACUCUUGCUUUACAGAACUUCAUCAUUGCAUUUUUACCAGAAAAACCGGUAAUCAAUUCUUUAAUUUAUACGUUUAUACAGUUUCUUAAAGUAAUUUGGAGAUAAUUGGAUUUUAUCAGCUAUAUUUAUUUCAUCAUCCAUCACCAUCAUUGUUAUUUUCAUCCAUAACAACUUAUUGGUAACCUUAUCAAACUGGAUACAUUAAAUUCUAUCGAUUCAACACAAUCUAAUUGUCAACUAGGAAGUAUCAUGUCUAGAACAUAUUUCCGUGAGCGACGAUUAAUUGUUGAUUUGUUUGUAAUCGCUUUGGGAAUCAGUUGCUGGGUCUCAAUAAAUGGGCUAUGGAUGCAAACACCAAUUUUAACGACUCAGUUACCAGAAAAAUGGAACCUUGCUUCUUAUAUUGUGAUCAUCACACAAAUGGCAAACAUUGGACCGAUUGCCUUUGGAUUAUUUCGCAAAAAGCUGAAGUCAUAUGAAGGAAUUGUGAUCCACCUGACUCUAGCCAUUGGAGUCUUUUCCUCAAUAUUAUUAGCUAAAUUUUGGAAGAACACUGUGGUAAUCGGGACAAAGGAACACAGCCUUCCUUUUCUAGUUUUAACUGGAUUCUUGGCUCUAGUCGAUUGCACCUCAUCAGUUCUUUAUUUACCAUAUAUGGCUAAUUUCAAAUCCAAAUAUUUGAUGUCAUUUUUUGUUGGCGAAGGCUUGAGUGGUUUGAUUCCGAGCAUUGUCUCUCUUUUCCAAGGAGUCGGUGGUAAUCCAACAUGUGAAACAACAACCAUAAAUGGAACUAUUCAUCAACAUGCAGUUUAUCCUGAACCUAAAUUUUCUGUGACAAUAUUCUGUGUCUUCUUAACGAUAAUAAUGAUUUUCAGUUGGGUUUCAUUCACUAUACUCAACUCAUCAUUCUGUCAUUCCGAGUUAUCUCGUGAAAAACCAAUGAAUAAAGAAGGAGAUGACAAUGAAUUGCCAAUCAUGGGGACAAGAGAAGCAUUUAAAUUAACCAGAAACAGGAUCCGUUACUUACUUUUCCUCCAAGCAUUGAUUAGUGCUUUAACCAAUGGUGUCCUUCCAUCACUUCAAAGCUAUUCAUGUGCUCCAUACGGUACCUUAGCUUAUAACCUGGCCGUUAAACUUGCUGGAUUAGCAAAUCCAAUCUGUGCUUUUUUAGCCUUCUUCUGGAAAUCAAAGAUUAACCUAAAGAUGAUAACUUUAUUAACCUGUUUGGGGCUUUGUUUCUCUUCAUACACAGCUGUUACUGCUGUUUUAAGUCCAUCUCCACCUUUUGUUUCUUCUCCUUUCGGGUCUUUUCUAUUAAUAAUCUCGUGGAUCUCAUUGACGGGAACCUUUUCAUACACUAAGUCAUGUAUUGCUUCAGUAUUUCGUGAUUUCUCCAAGCGAGGACAGUUGGCCCUUUUUUGGGUUGGUGUUUUCACUCAAACUGGAUCAGCUAUUGGCGCUAUACUUACUUUUACUUUACUUAACUAUACCCAUAUCUUCAAAUCUUAUAAUCCUUGUUCAUAAGAGACCUUGCAGCCCAAAUCGAUGAUUAUUCAUCAGCUUGACCAUUAAUACGGACAGAAUGGCAAUUUUAAUAUAAAGGCGACCAAUUUUAUCUCGAUCAAUCAGAUCUCAUAAUACUAGUGAGUUUGGUCCAUAAAAGCACGAGGAGUAAAAAUUCAUCUCAUUACAUUACCAUCUUUAUUAUUUGAAAAAAUUCAACCCAUCAACGAAACGAUUAUAGACCUUCAUGAGCCAUUUGCUGAAUUACGUCGAGUUAAUUGAUAAUUUGAAAUAUAUCUCUGUCAAUCAAUUGGUUAUACAAUCAAAAUGCCAUUGAAUAUUGCGUGUGCAAGUCAUACUGAAAAUUAGUUGUGAUUGUCUGGUUAAAGAAAUACAAUUUUUGACUUUUAAAAGUUGUUAGCAUGUAUAAAAAGUGAUAGUUAACUGUUUGUCCAAGAAGAUAAUUCAUAUUCAUUGUGCAUCGACUUGCUCAUUGAAUCAACUUUCAUCGAGCUCAUCAAUUAUUGAAAUAGAUGCAAUAUUUUACUUAACUUUUAUAUUACAGUUAUAACAAAUUAUAUGAAUUGUUACUCUUUAAGUGUAAAAUAAUAAAAACAAGAACAGUUUGUCGUUAUUAAUAAACUAA